CACUAUUUUCUUUCUUUCUUUUUUUCUUCUUUUUUUUUUUGCAGACACCCCAAUGAAAGUUACACCUUCAGACCCUCACAUAUUCUAGCAUCAGAGCACGCAUUCCUCUCCGAGUCCAGCUAUCACGAGACAUUCAAGAGAAAGUUUCGCCUUCUGACCCUCAUAUAUUCUGGCUUCGCAGCACGCCUUUCUCUCUCAUUCCAGCUAUCACGCCCAAGCGUCUAACCAGCGCUCAUGUCGAAGACCAAGCCAUUCACUCAAAAGAUAGACGAUGCCGAUAGAGAUCCGCAUUGCGAGCCACGCCUCGUUAGAGAAGCGUUGAAGUUUCGUGCACAAAAAGGAGAUUUAGUCCUACAUUCGUUUCCGAAAAGCGGCACUCACUGGGUUCUUUAUAUUGUGCAGCUCAUUCUAAAAAAAGGCCAACCAAUCACAAGCCAUGGUGCUUUCACGCAGAACGUAGUACAUCUGGGAGUGACAGACCCUGACGACUUACAACCAAGCCUGCCACUACGUCUGUUCCAGUCCCACUUUCCCAUAAGAAAGGAAUUAAUCAACAGCGAAGCAAAGUACAUCUACGUGACGCGGAACCCGUGGGACGUCUGCGUGUCACUCUACCACAUGGUGACCAGUCUCAGCGCCUACCGCUUCCAAGAUGGCACAUUUGAUGACUUCUUUGAUGCUUUUCUUAGCGAGGACGUCGCCGGUUACGGGAACUACUUUAAUCAUGUGGUUUCAGGAUAUGAAGUCAAGGACAUGAACAACGUGUUUUUCGUCACUUAUGAGAACUUGACAAGAGACACCCGAGGCACUGUGCUGAAGCUCGCGCGCUUCCUGGGAGAAGGUUACGCAAUGGAUUUGGAAGAAGAUGAGCGGCUGCUUCGUGAUUUACUUGAAAGAUGUUCAGCGGAUCAAAUGAGACAUGUACUGGUCGCGGACCUCAGCCCUAUCUCAAAUCCUCGCAUCGAAAAAGUACUGUGGCACCUUGACGAAAUUUCUAAGAAUGAAUACAAAAGCAAGAAGUACUGCUACGUAAGGGAUGCCAAAGUGGGUGGAUGGAAGAGAUAUUUUUCACAGGAACAGCUGAAGCGCCUGGAGGAAGCAAUAAAAGAAGUAGAAAAAAAGUCGCCGGUAAUGGAACUUUGGGGAAAUAUACGUAAAGAGGCCACCGAGAUGUCGGCUGGGAAAUAA